AUGAAACCAGAGGAAUGUGCCGAAGGCCGGCUGACGAGCUCGUGCGACCGGGGGCUCCGCCAAUACCCGCACCGAUACCCCACACCACGAUUUCACACCGCAAUGCCAUUCAAGCGUAACCCUAUGGACAUCACGCACGAGCACCGGAUGCGCGAAUGGGUUGGCUGGCUUUACCCCAGUAGCCAACUAAAUCGGCGCCAUUAUGACAUGUUGGGCCACUCGGCGUUUAUGACCGCUUACUUUUACCCGGAGCCAAUCGCCGAGUCGAGGUACGGCGACAUUCUCAAAAUAUUUAUUCACUUUUUUAUCAUUGACGAUCACACGGACAACCCGAGCUAUGGCGAUGUGCGCCGGCGCGUAGAUGAGGGUCGACUGGUUUGGGGCCAGUUUAGGGCCAUGUUUGACGAGUUGGCCGGAGCCCGGGUGCCGAUGAACGAGUGGAAGUCCUAUGUGGUGGGUGUGUAUCCCGUGUACAAAGAGGUGUACCAGGCGUUGGAUGCGGACCAGCGGCUGAGGUAUGUCGACGAGUGGCAGAAAUAUUGCGACGGCUGUCAGGAGGAGAACGAGGCGCUGAGCAAAAUGACCGAUUUUACCCCGAUCACUCUCCAACAAUAUUGGAGUAUACGUGUUAAAUCGAUCGGAAUCCGGCCCAGCAUACAACUACUCGAGUACUUAUACGAGUUUCAUAUACCCAAUUGGGAGCACCCGGAU